AUGAAUAGAAGAAAGAGAGAGAGAAGAGAAUAUUUGCUCCAAAAAGAAAGAGAAAGGUUUGACAAAGAAAUGGAGGGAAAAAAGCAAAAGCUAGACGAAGCAUUGGAGUCCAACACAAAAAUCCCUCACGACAUUAAAAAAGACGCAGCUACAUUGCUGAACGAAAUGAUUUACGAAGGGAAAAUUGAGGAAGAGCAUAGACUUCCAAAGAUAAUGGUCACUACAUCGAGAAGUCCGAGCUCGCAACUUCUGCAUUUCUCAAAGCAUCUAUCUCUAGUAUUGAACGGUGAAAAUGUCAUUCGUGGACAACUAUGCGAGGAAGAAAUAAGUGACUUGGCACACAAACAUGAAUACACAUGUGUUAUCAUUAUACAUGAGAAUAGGGGGAGGCCGUCUGCUCUUGCGGUUUCCUACUUUCCGUUUGGGCCUACGAUGAGAUUCACAAUAAUAGAUCACUUCUUGACAAGGAGAUCCCAUCCUCUUUCCCCUAAGAUGUACUUUGUGUGCGACAAUAUGGAGGGACCCGUCGGGAUAAAAAUCAAAGAGAAAAUGGCGCUACUAUUUCCCCGAUGCGAUGGAGCAAAAAGAAUAGUUAGUUUAGUAAACAGAAACGACACUAUUGCAUUCCGGCACUAUUUAAUAGAGAAGGGAGAUAAAACCACUUUAAGCAAGAGUCUUGGAAUGGACCUUAGAGCAUAUGAAAUAAGAAAAGGAACUUUCGAGGUGGAUGGGGAGUUUGAAUGGGCUUAUAAGCCAUAUAUGAACUCAAGAAGGACCCGGGAGGAAAUAGGACGUGCACCCAAGGAACAAUUAAAGUUAUGA